UGGGCGAUGACACGCGCACUUACUGCACUUGUGUAUAGAAUUUCGGUAGGCGUUUUUGGAAGAUUUGCAAGUUAUUUAGUCAACCGGAACUUGAAAAACAACGUCAAUAGGUUUUUGUUUACGGUAGAUCGCAAAGACAUACAGCUCUAGCCAUACAAUCAAGAAAUAGAACCAGGCCAUAUCUGUCGAGCGAAAGCGUCAAGUGAUGAAGGUCCCCAAGCAGAGGCUAUUGUAAUGUCUGCGUUGCGCCCUGAUCCUGCUACUGACACAUCCAAAGACACAAGAUACCCUGAGCACUAUGGAUUACUGUGGAAGUUGAAAGCAACGAUAGAGAGUCUGCUUGCUGCCAAUGCCUCCAAUGUAUGGUCCAUGUAUGGUGGUCUCAACAGAUUGGCCAACCAACUCGAUGGAAUAUUAAAGCAUGGCCUUAUACCUCAUGCUUGUCCUGAUCAAGACUACUGGAAUUUUGUCUUUGGACUCCGUCGUAUCCAGCCCGUGCUAGCCCCCUCUAUAGACCAGCUCAGCCGCAGAGCGGAGCAGGAGGGCCGUAUCAAGGGGUUGCUAUGGUUACAGGAUAGUCUGGAGAACCAUACUCUCAGUUACCAGCUCAGGAUGUUAGUUUCAGUAACCAGUCACCUCAGGGAAUUUUACUCAGAUGAUGCCUUCCUGUGUAACACAGCUUACUCCUCAGCCUUAGACAUCCUUCUUCAAGCCGUAGAACAAAACAAUGCUCGCCUUCUAGCUCAGGUCGAUCCUAACUUGCUUCAAAAGUGUCCUUCCUUCCCUGGAUCUGUAGCUUCGCAUGGAAGUCCAAGGCUGUCCAGAGCACCCAGUAUGUCAUCAGGAAGGGAUAUCAUUCCAACUCCUAGGAACCAUCACCAUGCCUCUGAGUCUCUCCUCUUCACCUCCCCAAAGGCAGACUCGGUCCUAGGGACAACAGAAGACCAAGCCUUCGGACAGAGUCCCAACAUCCGCAGAAACUCUGCCAAAGAUGCAUUGAAAGCUUUACUAGAAGGUUACUCAAAUCAAGGGUCCAGCACUGUUGGUGCUACAACUGACAAUAGAAUUGAAUUUGCUACGGAUCCACUUUUGAAUCGUCCAGCGAUUCCUAUCACGAAAGAGAGUUUCCAGAGACCACAUGGUCUCCUUCGUGCGGAGAGUGAUACUGCCCUCUUGAGGACAUCUGUUGCAAGGAGGAAAUUUGACGAGAAUGAAAACAAUCGGUUCUCUGCCAAGCGAAAAAACUCUAGCGCAGUAGCUCAAAACGGUAGCAGCGAUCUUUCCAUUCGUUCCAGGAGAGACAGUGCUAUGUAUUGGGAAGAUGUUGGAGAUAAUGAGGAUAUAGAAGAUGAAAACGACAGCCAUGAUAUCCACAGCAAGUUGGUUUUCACCUACGACAACUCGCCUUCCUCUUCCGCUUUUGCAAGAACCUUAGAAUCAUCCACGGAAGAACUUGUGCUUUCCAAGAGUACCACCUCACUUUCAUCAGAGCCUGGUGCAAGCAGCGGUCUUGAGCCAGGCUACAGAACUAAGGAUUUAAAAAAUGGAAACUCCUUGAAUUCAAGUCACCAAUCUCUUCUCCAUUCCAGCAGUGAACAGCUCCUCUUUUCGGAGGAAGAGGAGGAUCAGUUUGGUUUCCUGGGUGAAAUUGCUCGUAGAGGGCGCCAGGCAAAGCCUCUCCACCGGCGAAGCAGCGAGGAGCUCGACGUGGCGGCGACGCCCUCCCCUCCUCCGGUCCAGCAGAAGUACAAGAGACACGCCCGCUCCAUGUCAGAUCAAAUCACCAAUGUGAGAGGGGGAGGGUUAGAAGGGCUAAGGAGAGAAUCUGUUCCUGAGGACAAGGUUUAUAAUGGGAAGAGAUCUAAGGGUGAGGUCUAUUCCUCUUCUCUUCCAUCUCAACCUCUCACUGUAAGGCGGGCAUCAGAUGUGGGAAGUGUGUCUCCAGCAUGUGAUGGGUAUUUCCCCCAGCCCAGUCAAGGAGAAUCUCUCUUCACAUUCCUUUCCUCACAAGACUUUGCUACAUGUCCAGAAGUUGAUAAGGAGAAUGCCCACUUCUGCAUCUCGGAGGCCAUCAUCGCAGCCGUAGAGCAGAUCAAAUGCCGUCAGCUAACUCGACAGACACCCUCAGACCACGAAUCAGACGGCUCAGACGAAGAGAUCCAGAGACUCAAGCAGAGAAUACGUCUCAGACGAACGGAGAAGAGGGAACGUAAGAUGCACUCUGAACAGGACCCAAGUCCAUCCGAUUGUGAAAUUUGGAGUCCUGAGCAUGAUGAAACGGAAUCGCUGCAAUAUCUGUCUGAUUCAGAGGAAUCUAUGGAGGAAGCAGAAGACUUUGUAGUGACUGAUUCUUCCCUGGAUACCAAUCUGGUUGCUAUGAAGACAAAAGGCUUGACUGCGUCACUGGGGUCGCUUUAUUCAGACGCAGACCUGAAGAGAGCCAACCAGAUGUACCCUCUUGAGACGGUCAUACCCCUGUGCAAGAUAGAACCGUCUUCUUCCAACCAGCACUCGGCAGAAUCCAUAGCACUUUCACUCAUCAAGAAGUUCUCCUUCCGUCAACUCCCGGCUGCAUCUGAACUGGAGUGGCUAGUCUCGGAGAAGGAUGCCCCUCAACAGCUGUUGCCUUUACCUAAGUCAGUCCCUAUAUCUCCUGAUGACGGAGAGAACGCUGACCUCUAUAAGAAUAUGCGUCUCCGUGGAAACCUUGAAUGGGCUCCUCCCAGACCUCAAAUUGUCUUCAGUAUUCAUCCUCCUCCCAAACGGAAGCAGCUUGUUGCUAAGCAAAACUUCCGCUGUGCUGGCUGUGGUAUGAAGGCAGAAAGGGGUUUCCUGAAGCGGUUGCGCUACUGCGAGUACUUGGGCAAGUACUUCUGCCAGUGUUGCCAUACCAACGCCUCAUCUCCUAUCCCCAGCCGCAUCCUAAGGAAGUGGGACUUCAGUCGCUACCCGAUCUCCAACUUCUCCCAUGAGCUUCUGUCCAAGAUCCAGGGUGAUCCUGUCUUCAACGUGGCGGACAUCAAUGCCAUCCUCUACAGGAAAGUGAAGCAAAUGCAGGCUGUCAAGGACUUACGAUCUCAGCUGUUUUUCCUCAAGGAUUUCUUGAAGACAUGCAGACUUUGUGAAAGUUUGAAAGCGUCGUACGACAAUCAGCCUGGUCAUUGGAUGGGUCAGCCUGACCUUUACUCAUUAAGUGACCUUCUCAAUGUCCGAAGUGGAGAGCUGGAGAAAGCCCUAGCUCAACUUGUUCUAGAUGGUGUUACUCAUGUCAGUCAGUGUCAGCUGUGUCAAGCCAAGGGAUUUGUAUGUGAAUUGUGCAAUAAAGAUGAAGUCAUCUUUCCAUUCCAACUCAACUCGACCUAUCAAUGUUUAGAUUGCUGGGCCUGUUACCACACAACAUGUUUCCUGAAAGAAAACAAGUGUCCAAAGUGUGAACGCAUCUUAGCAAGACGUGGCGUGAUUGCAGCUAAGGCAGAAACAAGCGAUGAAGACCCACCAAGUCAAUCCUCUAGCUAGCAAUGACUACAGUCCUCCCAUGCUCUGCAUCCCGCAAGAUCACAACUUCAUCAACCUCUUUGUCGUAAGAAAAGGAAAGGCAUUCAUUUUCAUCUAUGAGUAAAGACUUUUGAGGACAUUGCCAUAAUCCCCCUCAAACUACUGAUGGAGACAAGAUGAAUCUAUAUAGUGAGAACAAACUUUGAUGGACUUCUUUCUUUCCAUACAGUCCAGUAGCUUUUAAUGAAAAGAAUGAGCAUUUUGUCCUAAACCUCUUGUGGACUUUACAACCAUCUCUUACUCGGACUAAAUCUUCCUUUCUGCUCGAGAUGUGGUGUCGUUGUAAGGAAGAUGGAGGCAGCUGAUAAAGGCUAGCAGAGUUAUUCGUCUUGCUCCAAGCAACUACAGUAUGAUGAACUUCUACAUUUCCAUCGCUGUAGUGAAAGGGAAAACACUUACAGCUUUUUGUUCUUAUAAAUCUCUUGAAGACAUCAUCAUCUUUUCUCAGACUUCUUCCUUUCUGCAAUGAUGGGAUGUUGAUUUAGAAAAGAGGAGAUGACGAAUGAAUCCCAGUAGAGUAGCCCAUGUAUGUACAUGUACAGUUAUAUGUGUUAACAUACAUGUAUGUAAUGAGUUAUUCAUGUUCAUGUAUAUACAUUUUUAAAGGAAUAUCCUGGGUAUCUGUGGAUGCAAACAACACUUGUACCACAUUAAAUGAUUUUGUGAGAUAAAGAUAGAAAUAUAUUUUAAUUCAUUCCAAAGAAUUAUAUAUUUGUGAAAUGUUAGAAAUAUUUAUGUAUUUUUUUUCUGCAUAUGUUUUUAAAGCUGAAAUAUAUUUAAAGGGAUGUGCAAAUAAUAGAAUUAUAAUGUCCUGUACUUGUAUGGUACAUAAACAGUUCAUAACCUCAAAAUGAUGAGAAAACACUGAUAUACGGUAUAUAUAGGAGUCAAUUGUAAGAAAUUUGUAUCAUUCCUAUCCUUAACAGUAAUGUCUUGAUUUUGCUAGAAUCUUUCUUAGUGUCUUACAGCUCAUUCGGAUAUGAUGCAGUAAACCGCCGCAAAACAAAAUCAGCAGAUUUUUUACAUGUGAAUGAAUGGCGACUGUGCGCAACAUAGGUCCUGCGCCUUUAGAGUACCGAAGCUGUGACGUCAUAAAAAUCUAUUUUUAGAAUUUCUAUAAAAAAAUCUUCAUUUUCCAAAAGAGCAUAA